AUGCCUCACCAGUCGCGAGUCCUGCCUCGAGAUAGGCCCUACCGGGAAGCUGGGAGCCUUCGGCAUGGGCAGCUGCGGGGAGGCAGUGGGGCUGAGCCUCUCCCCUCCUGGUUCACUCCAACACUAUACUUCGUCUUCGGAGCCCAGUCCCCGCCCGCGCCGGACCCCCAGCCCCCGCCCGCGCCGGACCCCCAGCCCCCGCCCGCGCCGGACCCCCAGCCCCCGCCCGCGCCCGCGCCGCCCCCGCCCGCACCCGCGCCGCCCGAGCCCCCGCCCGCGCCGGACCCCCCAGCCCCCGCCCCGCCCGCGCCGGUCCCGCCCGCGCCCCCGCCCGCGCCGGCCCCGCCCGCGCCCGCGCCGGACCCCCCCCCAGCCCCCGCCCCGCCUCCUCCCCCCCGCCCCCGCCCGCCCCCGCCCCCCCCCGCCCCGCCUCCUCCCCCCCCGCCCCCGCCCGCCCCCGCCCCGCCUCCUCCCCCCGCCCCCGCCCCGCCCCGCCUCUUCCCCCCGCCCCCGCCCGCCCCCGCCCCGCCUCCUCCCCCCGCCCCCGCCCGCGCCGGACCCCCCCCCCAGCCCCCGCCCCGCCUCCUCCCCCCGCCCCCGCCCCGCCCCGCCUCUUCCCCCCGCCCCCGCCCGCCCCCGCCCCGCCUCCUCCCCCCGCCCCCGCCCGCGCCGGACCCCCCCCAGCCCCCCGCCCCGCCUCCUCCCCCCGCCCCCGCCCCGCCCCGCCUCUUCCCCCCGCCCCCGCCCGCCCCCGCCCCGCCUCCUCCCCCCGCCCGCGCCGGACCCCCCCCCCAGCCCCCGCCCCGCCUCCUCCCCCCGCCCCCGCCCGCGCCGGACCCCCCCCCAGCCCCCGCCCCGCCUCCUCCCCCCCCGCCCCCGCCCGCCCCCGCCCCGCCUCCU